GUGAAACGUACCACUGCGACUGCCUUUCCAACUGUGACCGGCCUCGUCCGCACUCGCUUCCCCUCGCCUCGUGGCAAAUUUGAGCCAUGACCGGGAGCAGUGCAUUGUCUGUGGCGGAUUCCCACACAACGAGGGCAUCUCUGCGAACGCUGGACAAAGAACGCAUUCGACAAAAGGCACUUCAGAUGAAAAUGAAGGAAAAGUUGCGCCUGUCCAUGUGCGUGCGCAUUCAGAAGCUGUCCAAGAAGACCCCCCCCGUGGCCCAAAAACUGUCUGUGGAGAUUUUGGCGCAUCUCAAUCAGCACGGACUGUCCACUCAACUUUCAGACAAUGACCUUCAAGACCUUGUACACAAACUAUCGCAUGCGAAAGCACACUCAGAUACCGACAAACAGCCCACCUCGUCAGCCCAACAGGCAGCAGCGUUGAGCGGCAUUGAAGAAAACUUAGGUGACAAACACAACACAAACAGGAAAGGCACUCGCAACACUCCCCCCAGUUCAAAGUCAAGAACUGUCAGCGCUGCAGAUGCUGGGGAAUCGAGUUAUUUGACGGAAGCUCAAAUUCAGCAAAGGAGUGUGGGCUUUGUGCUGCCCCCAAAGAAGUCGCCGACGAAGCACAAGCAGGGGGACAUCUGGAACGAUCUCGUGCAAUACCAAGGCCUCGUGGAAGCACAGGAAGCGCAAGCCAAGAGGGUUCAAAAAGAAGUCAAAAAGUCCCAAUGGUCGAGCGAGUUGGAGGCGCAAAUCGCAGCAAAACAGCAACGCCAACUCGAGCACUCUGUCGAGGACGGAAAGUACUUUGAAGAAAGCAUGAAGACGUUGGAAAGGCUAAAUGACCUGGAAGCGGAAAAGGACAGACGGCGCAUCGAACGCGCCAAAGCACAAAACUUGAUUCAAGAAGAACAGCGGCAAUACAAGCUCAAGAAAAGGCAAGACGAGCUCAACGCCCGACGGGAUGCCGAAAUUCGCAUGGCGGAAACGAUUUCCCGGCAAAAGAAGGAGGAGGAAGCCAAGGAAAUAGCUCGGAAAGAAGCCGAAAUGAAGAAAAUGGCCAAGGUCUUGCUCGAGAAUGCCGAGCUACUCGACAAGAAAAAGCAAUUGAAAAUGGCCGACCGGGAAUUGGAACUCAAGCUCGCGGACGACUAUAUUCGAAUGGAGGAACGAAAGGAAGCGCUUCGUCAAAAGGGGCUCGAGGACCUCUCGAUGCGCAUUCAGGCCAAGAUGAAGUACUUUGACGACACGUCCAAGGCGGAAAUGGACAUCAAGAACAAGGAGGACGAGCUCCGAGUGUUGCGAUACCAAGCGGACUACGAAGCCAAGCAAAUGGCCCUCGAAGCCAAAAAGAAGCACGACGCUGCCGCGCGAAAUGCCGACCAACAAGCGUAUUUGAAAGCGCAAAUGAAACUCAAGAAAGAGCGGGAAAGCCGCGAAAAAGACGAGUACAACAAGCAAGCCGACAUGUGGCGCAUUGAGCGGGAAACCAACGAGAAGCGGGAGCGAAUGGUGCAGCAGCAGCGCGCCAACAAGAACCAAAUGCAGCAACACUGGCUCAAGCAGCAAAUCGAAGCCAAGGAGCAGCAGCUGCUCCAGGCGGACCACACCAACUUGGAAGUGCAAAUCAACCAGAGCCUGCUGCAAAAGGUUCUCGAGAUGAAAAAGGGCGGCGGCGGCGGGUCGUCGUCUUCCAACGUAGUCGUCAAGACGAGGCAGCGGUCGCGGGAGCUCCACGACGUUGAAAGGCGAACCGACUCGACCAAGCUCAAGGACCCGCGGUUAAAGCCCGCCUCGCGCAAGUAGAUAGAUAUCCACCAAGUACAUAUCAAACACACGAUGCAUUUUCUAUUCCGAGUACA